GCUGUUAUUCUCUACGGCAGUCAUCGUGACACCCUGGAACAACAGUUCCUCUCCCUGCAAGCAUCCCUGGCCGCUGACAAGGCCACCGCCCCCCUUGCCUCCCUCGUCUCUCCCAUCUUCCUCCCCCUUGCUGCCACCACACUUGCUUCGUCUCCUGCCACUCCUCUCCCGCUCUCUCUCCUCUGGGACCCCUCCUCUUCCUCCUGCUGCGAUUCCUGCCCAUCCGCUGCUGCGCCGCCCUUCCCCCCGUCCACCACGCUCGUAGUGCUGGGUGGAGAAGCAGGAGAGGAGGUGCGAGUGCUGGCAGGCCCAACAGCGGCUUCCCUCACCUCUUCCCCGUCCUCCUCCUCGCCCUGCUCUCCUCUGCUAUGCCACCGCCCUGCACCGCAAGGCACACUGCAAGAAACAGUGCAAGGGGAACUGCAAGGUGGGGCUGUACUGCCGGACAUGGAGCUGCUAUCGCCCCUGGUGGCCCGAUUGAGCCAGCAGGCAUCACGCCAUGCCAUGAUCCCCUACACCAUGAAGUGGUCUCGAGAGCUCGACUUCCUCAAGCGCAGAGCGUUCCCCCUUCUUCCAUCACCAUCACCAUCACCAUCACCAUCACCAUCACCAUCACCACCACCAUCACCAUCACCACCACCAUCACCCUCAGCAUCAACAUCGCCAAUGCCAGCAGCACCUGCCCUUCUCUUCUCUCCCCUCAUCCUCUCGCAACCUCUUACUGCUUCGGAUAGUCACAACCACAGCAGCAGCUUCUCACAGCUGCCUUGGCCUUCCACAUCAAGCCCUACUCUUGACAGCCCUUCUGUUGUGUUACAUAAAGCAACGGACGAGAUCGUCCAGGUGGACGCAUCAAUGGACGGGGUUCAUCUCACAUUCUCACAGCCCUUCCAACACCUUCUUGACCAUUGCAGCAGCAGCUCGGGCAGCCUCAAAAUAAUCGACCCAUUGCCCGCAGUUCUCCCGUUAACUGACCGAGUGAAAACACUUUCUCUCCUCUCCGAUCUGCUAGCCACCACCAAUGAUACUGGAAAUCCACCCGCUUCACCUGUUCUCCGGGUUCCGCGUUUUGUACAGGUGCCGGACAUAAGGCAGACGACAGCAGUGCUGGCAGCAAUGGCAGCAGUGGGGGUGCGCCUUCCAGUCAUAGUCAAGCCGCGCAUUGCAUGUGGCGCUGCUGCCAGCCAUGCCAUGGCAAUUGUCUUUUCGGAAGAUGCCUUUGCCACACUGUCGUUGCCAUCUCCCUCGGUUAUCCAGGAAUACGUGGACCACGGGGCCUGCCAGUUCAAGUGCUACGUGCUGGGCGAGGCUUUUUUCGCUGCUGAGAGGUGCAGCACUCCCGACGCUGCACCGCUGCUGCUGCAGCAGCAGGGACAGGCGCACGGGAAGGUAGGGCAGCAGCAGCAGGAGGAGGAGGAGGAGGAGCAAAGGGCGAAGGUAUCAGCGGCACCAGCAGCGAUCUCGUUUGACAGCCUCAAGUCCCUCCCCAUGGCCUUCCCAAGCCAGCCCAGCGAGCAGCAGCAGCAGCAGCAACCACCAUUGCCUCCCCUUGGAGCCGUGGGUGGUUUUAACGAGGCUGUGGCGCGCCGUGCAGCUGACCGUCUGCGCUCUGCUCUCGGCCUCACACUCUUUGGCUUUGAUGUCCUCGUGCAGGAGGGCACAGGAGAGCACGUGGUGGUGGACGUGAACUACUUCCCCUCCUUCAAGGACGUGCCAGACCACCUCGCCAUCCCGGCCUUCCACACCGCCUGUGCUUCCCACCUCGUGUAG